AUGUCAAGGAGCAGAGUCGCGCCAACCACCGCCACCAGCAUUCCAAGAUUGGAGUUCCUCGCCGCAGUAGCUGGUGUAGACCUAGUGAAACCAAUCAUCAAAGCACUCAGUCACUCCACAUCAGUCGUCUUCUGGACCGACAGCCAGGACGUCCUACAUUGGAUACGUGGAGCAAGUCGAAAACUGAAGACCUUCGUGGGAAAUCGUGUUGCGUACAUUCAGGAAUCCACCCAUCCAUCACAGUGGCGUUAUGUACCCACUGCAGAAAAUCCAGCAGAUCAUUUGACACGGGGACACUCAGCCAAAUUCCUGGCACAAAACUCGCAAUGGUGGGAAGCACCGAGUUUCCUUCAGCUGAUGGAGUCUGAGUGGCCGGCAACAGUUCUACCCGGGAAGAGCAGCACUGCAGUUGACCAAGAGACACGGAAGUCGACCAAAUUCGAUUCAGCAGCAAUACGAUGUGUGAAGAAGCAGACUGACACUGAGACAGCUAAGUCAGCAGCUAAUGCACAAGCCCAGUCAGUUGUGCUAGCAACGCAAAAAUCAGCGGAGAACAACAGCAGUGGUUGGCAACUUGAUCCCAGUCGUUUCUCUAAAUGGCUAGUAUUGGUCCGACAGGCGGCAUGGGUUAUUCGUUUUGCGAACAAUUGUCGCACUCCAGCAGCAGUGAGAGUUAUGACUGGUCUAACAACGGACACGGGGAAAUAG